UUUUUGCAGUCUCCUCCCUACCCACCCCAUCCUCCCCCUUCUUCCUCGGCCCCGAUUGCCUCUUCUUCGCUGUUGCUACAUUGCUGCUGCGGGGGUCGCAUUUGGAUUCUUUCAAGCUUGCUGCCUUGCCCUCGCUGUUACCUGCCUGUGCGUGGCUGUAGGAGUGCUUUUGGUGCAGUUUGCAGCUUGUGUCGGUGCUGGGACAAAAAAAGUGUGUUCGGGGUGAGCGGCGGCACCGGGGAGAGCUGCUGCUGGGAACUGUUUCGAUCGUUCCUUGUCUGUUGGCGAGAUACGGUUUCUAUUCGAGGAUCGUGUGGGAGGUGUUGGCAUUUAAGCUUCCGUUAGAGCUUAUUUGAGCAGUUGGAGUGUGUUACAGUGGUUGGUGGGAAGUCGAGCGGGCUCGCUUUGAGGUUAACCUCGUGGAGCUGAGGCGAGGGGGGUUUUUAUUUUCAUUUUUGUUUCGUUUUUUUUCUUUCUUUUAGCGGUGUUUGGGAGAGUUCGAUCGUUUUUUAGAAGAAGGCUAGAAGGGGCUUCAUGUAGUGAGUUCAGUAAACUCUGGAGCUAUUCGUGGUUUCUUUGUUUUCUAGAUCUGACUUGAGUCGAAGGAGCGUUGCGUCGCGUGGUGAAAUUAACCAAGGCCGUUACUAGUGACAGCAAUGCCUGUUGAUAAUGGCGCCCCAGCAGUUCACAAGAGGGGUUACAGACCUCCUGGUGGCGAGUCCACAGUGCAACUCACCUGGUCGGAUAAUCCCGACGUUCCACGCUCUCCAGCACCUUCCGCUCGUCCCUAUGGUGUCAGCGAAACCCAUGGAUUCAUAAUGCCCAGUGAAGAUAGCCCUGUCGGUCGACCAACUAUUCGUAUGCACCAGCCUGCAGGUGGGGUGAGCACGAUUAAGUUAGCUGAAACCGUUUCAGCUGAAGAAGCAGAAGCUAUGCUGAAGAGCCGCCCUGCCUCGGACUUAAAGAAAAGAGAGAUGCAUGGGAGUGGUAUUUUCAAUGGAGCAGGCGCUGGAAAUGGCGAAGUCAAUGGUUCUGAUAGAACUGCUGUGCGUAUGCAUCAGCCAGCUGGCGGAGUCAGCCAAAUAUCAUUUGGUGGAGAGGAGAGUGCAUCACCAAAGAAGCCAGUCACUAUCCCAGAAGUCGCGAAACAGAGGGAGCUUAGUGGUACGCGCGAGACCACUGAUGAUAUUCAUGCGAGACGAGGGAGCUUUUCGAAUGCCAAAGCUAAGGAGUUGACGGGCAGCAACAUCUUUGGGCCCCCUCUUCCAGACCAACCUAAGAACAAUCGUUCACUUGAAAUGAGGGAGGAAUCAAAGGCUAAUCAGGACCAGCCUCAACCACGAAGCUUGCACACGUCAGUGAGGAUUUCUAAUCCUGCAGGAGGCCGCAGUCAGAUUUCCUUCGGCACAGAUGAGGAGGUUGAUAGUGUUACCCAUAAACUUUCAGGGCUGAAGAGUGCUGAGCUUUCUGGACAUGAUAUCUUCAGUGACGCUAACAAUGCGCCCAAUGCUAAGCCCCAGCACCAUCAUCUGAGCCAAGCAAAGCUCAAGGAGAUAACUGGCCAUGACAUCUUCUCGGAUGACAAACCCAGAGCCCGGGAUGUCCUUGGUGGCAUUAAAAAGCCACCUGGCGGUGCUAGCUCCAUUGCUCUUGUUUAGACAGCUGCUUUCUGUGUUUGUUUUGUGAAGGGCUUGUUCCUGUAUCUGGGUCACCAUGGGUUGCAUGGCGGUGAAUCCUCUCUUCUUUAGGGUGUCGAGUAGGUGUAGCAGGAAGGUAAGGGGCACCUUCAAAUUGCAGGAUUGGCUGAGAGCUCACUCUGCCUUAGGCUGAACUAGGCAUUUUGUAAUUAUUGUUCUCUUUUGUCCUUUGAACUCUUAUUCAUCUAUGGUGUACUAGGCAUUCACAGAGAGCGUUGCGCUCUUGAGUACAUGCACAUAGUGUUUUAUA